AUUAUUCAUUCAACUAAAAAUGUGCAUAAGUUACUGUAUGGGACGACGAUGUUCAUUAACAAUUAUGCAAGGUUCAUUAAUCUAUAUAGCCAUACUUUAUCUGGUGAAUCCAAAUCAACGAUGGUUAAAAAUGUUAUUGUUUAAAAAUGGUACAAUUCUUGAUUUAUUCCAUGAUGGUGAUCAUCAUCAACAACAACAACAACAACAACUUCAUCAUCAAAUGGAUGCAAAAUAUCCUAUAAAAUUACCUCAAUCAUUAUUUGAUGUGGGGCCAAAUAACAAUUAUACAACCAUAAAACCUUCAUUCAUUGAUGAUGAUUAUGAUGAUCAAUCAUGGUAUCGUACAUGUUGUUAUGUAAUGGUCAUCAUACAUUCAUUCGGGCUAAUUGCCAUAUUGUGUAAAUUAUGGAUUGGUAUCAUCAUCUAUUUGAUACCAAAUUGUGCAUAUUUCUUUCUGGCAAUCAUACAAUUAGUAACAACAAAAAAUAUGAUCUAUUUAAUCGAUAUAAUUAUAUCAUUUUUAAUCGUAUGGAAAUGUUUAAUGAUCAUUUUGAUUGAAUGUGCCGAUAAUAUUUGUAAUCAUUUUAUAACAGCAUUUCGUUCAUGUUGCUGUUGUUGUUGUUCUUGUUUUGGUGAUGGUGAUAAUGAUGAUGAUGAUGAACAACCAAUAAAAAUACCAAUCGAUCUAUUGUCAUCAUCAUAUUUUAUUGAUGAAUAUCAACCAGAACAACAACCAAAACAACAACAACAAAUUCUAUUUGUAUGAUGAUAAUCUGUUUUUAUUUAUUUAUUUAUUUCAUUCAUAGAAAUUAUAAUUAAAAAAAUAAAGCAAAUUGUUUUUAUGUGUAGAAUUUGCCAUUCGAAUGAAUCAAUUCAGGAAUUAUGAUCAUCAUUAGGUCAUAC